AUUAAGUAAAAGUCAUACGUUAAGAUUAAAUACAAAAUAUAUGCCCACCAUAAUUCCAAACAAUCAAAGGUUCACAAUGUUAAUAUACUAGGGUUUUGAAAUAAAAAACAUAUAGUGCUAAACAUAUUUUUAUGACAAAAUAAAGUAUCCUAAAAUCUUCCUCUAAUAUCCAUUUAAGCUCCAUCUCUUCUUUUCAUGUUGUCACUUCUACCUUGAUUGUAAUUCUCAACCAAUGAGGAAAAUGAAUGAUAUUCUCAUAUUGGGCAUUGAUCUGCAAAUGAAAAAGAGAAAAGUAAUAAAAGAAAUCAAUCAAUAAAUGAACAUGUUAAAGUGGCUAAUAAUUAGAUAAGAAAGUAAAGAAACAUAUAAAGACCCCAUCAUAGGCAGUGUUAUCCAUAAUAGGCAGCAGUAAUAAGAAACAUAUACUUUUGGAUUGCAACAUAGUUCACUGUUAUCCAUAAUAGGCAGCAGUAAUAGCAAGUUUUGUCCACAAUAGAUAGUAAUCAUAUUUCCAGUAAAUAAAGAGCUUAUCAUUAUAUAAUAUGGAUAUGCCCUCUAUUUUAAAAUGAAUAUCAAUUGAUGAAAAACAUAUAUACCUCUGGAAGUGGUACUAUAUAGAAGACAAUCUUUCCUCUAGAGCACGGAUACAAGCUUCAUAAGUUUCAUUGAUUUCAGACACUCUUUUAUUCACUUCAGCAUCAAUCCUCUUUUGCUCAAGAACAUUUGUAAAAUCUUUCUUCAAAUAAGAUUUAAAUGACAAUUAGCUCAUAUAAAGGACAAGUACUAUAAUCAAGCCUAAAUGAUAUAUAAUAGACCUAACAAAUUUAGAGUAAUGAAUAAGCAUAAUUGAAGGAAUGGUCUUUUUCAUUUUUGCAAUUCACUGUACACUUGAAUAUAGUCACCGUAUGACAAAGGUGGGCCCCACUGACCAGAUAGAUUCUGCACGACCUACCUUCAAGCCACAAAUACUGAGAGAAGUCAAAGUCUUAGUGUUCAAGUUAUUCCUCCUAGAGUAACAAAAGAAGAAAAGAAUAUCCUCCUGCCCCAAUUCCCCACCAGGCAGAAUCCCCCUGACCAUAGCCCAAGAUUCAAUUUUUCACAUGAUUGAAGAAAACCUGUAUCAAAUCUACAGAAAACUAAUGCAUUUCAAACUAAUUGAUGAUACCAAACAAAAAAACCAGGUUUGACAUGAACCAUUAAAAUAAAUGCACAACAGAUAAUCAAGAACAUCGAAAUUGAAGCUUAUGAAUCUUCCUUACUUAUCAAAUUGGGCGAUGGGCGUCGCUUAGGAAUCAAAGAAACAUGGCUGAGGGCAAACUUCUUUGGAAAGAUUGAAUAAACGGUGGCUAUGUUCUUAUGAUGUCCCAAAACAAGAGGAGAUACAUCCGAGGUUGCUGACAAUGAAGCGCAAUUAGAAUUUGCCAUUUACGUGUCUCCCUCUAUUCACCACGCUCUCUGUCUGUCUCACUUUACAAAAUCACGGGGAAAAAAAUAAGGUUUUGAGGGGUCAGAGAAAGUUCGGAGACGCUGAGGGGAGAGACUCUUGAGAUCUCCGAAAGGCUGCUGAUCUCAACGGCUUAUUGAGCAAAAAAAUUAGGGGCAUGUCAAGUAUACACACCAAUAAACCAAUUUCACACCCAAAUUCUUCAUGGAAAUGCUUUCACUGAUUAGAGGAACAAGUUACGUGUUUAUCGUCACUCUCUAUCCAUGUUAGAGGGCCAGCAUUAGUAAUUGUCUACAAGACUCAUAACCCGAAUUCAAAUAUAAAAACCAAUUUUUUAUCUGGAGGCACGAUUGAGUUGCUUCCACAUAAGUGUUAUACAGGAAAUGUGCAUAGAAAACAGAGUUCUGUGUUUGAUUCUCUUAGCCGGGAUGCAACAUUAAUGGAAAAUGCUCAGAAGAGCUUUUUGGGUGGUAAAUGCAACAGAAAAACAGGGUUUGGCCGGAAAAUCAGAAUCAAACCGUCCAUUGCUGUUUGGUUCCAGAUGGAAUUGGAGAGAAAUAUCACUGGUAAUGACACUCAGUGGAGUACGUUAGGUGAGUGGAGGACAAGGCCGAAUGCUGAACUUGUUUGGUUCGAGGUAGUGGCUGGAAUCAGGGAAGUAAACAUAAAGGAUGGGGACAAGACAAAACUACAAAAGGCUACAUGAAACAUAUUAUGUAAAAUGAGGCUAUAUAUAUCACGCUUCCCCCCUCAUUGUAGAAGCAGGUUCAAUGUUUUAAAUCCUUUGUAAUACUCUUGGAGUGUUCAAGUUAUUCCAAAUAUUUCCUAAUUGAUAUAUCUUAACAAGUAAUAUGCAGCUUUCAUAGAAAUCACAACAAGUAAUAUGCAGCGUUCAUAGAAAUCACAGCAUUUAAACAAUUUGAACAGAUAUUUGACUGAAAAUAUGCAGAAACUCACUCUGCAUUUAAAAAAAAUGAGUAAAUACUGAAAAACCAAGCAUACAUUGAACAACAACAAACAGAUUUGAGAUUUGUCUAUGUAAAAAUUCAAAAUGUUACUGCUACUUCCUUCAGAAUAGAGUUUAUGUUCAGCAAAUAUAAUAUACUCCUUAAGUUAUGUUCAGCAAAUUUAAUAUAGUCCUUAAGUUAUGUUCAGCAAAUAUAAUGCACUCCUUAUGUUCAGAAAAUAUAACACACUCCUUAUGUUCAUCAAAUAUAAUAUACUACUUAUGUUCAGAAAAUAUAAUAUACUCCUUAAGUUAUGUUCAGCAAAUAUAAUAUACUCCUUAAGUUAUGUUCAGCAAAUAUAAUAUACUCCUUAAGUUAUGUUCAGAAAAUAUAAUAUAGCUCUCAAUUCUGGAAACAAACACAAGUAGCUUAUGCUAAAUCUCAUACAGAAGGAUCAGUCCCAAACGGUGUAUUUCUAGUCCCAAACGGUGUAUAAAUCCCAAAACCACAUUCCCAACCCCAAUAACAGAAGGAUCAGUCC